AUGUCCAUUGAAAUAGACUGGAAUCGGUUAUUAGAAGAUGAGGCCGAGCUCUCUGAGAAAAUAAGAUCGUUCCUGGAUUCUCAAUUUGAAUCUCUGACAUUGCCACCGUACAUAGAAUCGGUGUCAGUUACGUCGUUCAAAUUCGGCGAUGCGGUUCCUGAAGUCACUAUAAAACAUAUUUCAGAUCCAUUUCCGGAAUUCUAUUCAGAUGGAAGUGGGGACGAAGAAGACGGAGACUCGGACAAUAGCGAUUUUGAUACAUCUUGGCCCUCGGAAGAUGCAAUUGAUACUACCGAGGAACUGGAUAGCUUGCAUUUUCAUGGUAGAAGGAGUCGGCGAAGCUCGAGACGUGAAAAUACCAGGUCGGUAGAGGAUCUGAGAAAUGUAUCUCCUUCAAUAUCUUCCUUACCGUCAUAUCAUACAGAUGAAGAGUUACCUGAUCCCUCUCGAAGACCGUCUUUCUCAAGAGACGUCGACCAACAACAGCACUUGCAUGACCCAUUUAUGGCCAAUAUGAAUUACUUUCAUCCCGCACUCUCAUCCAAUUUGCUUUCUAAUAUGCGUUCCCCCUUGUACACACCUGGUCCAGGGCACUUGUAUGGAUCAGGAAUUCGUUCUCCUAUCCCUGAAGUUUUACUAUCGCCUAAUAGAGGUGCUACUAGCCCUAUUCGAACCAGUGCAUCUCCCGACAUAUCUAUCCCCAGUCGUCAGAUUCCUUUAGGUGAUACAUCUAGAGCCUUUUCUGACGGUCAGAAUCAAUCACCAAGCUCAAAUCAGCGAAAUGGUCCUCGGUUGGGAACACCUUUAUCAAUGGAUGGAAGUUCUACAUGUCAGCCUGAGCCAUCUGUAAACCCUUCGCCACGCGAUAAUGAUAUCCAAUUCUUUCUUGAAAUUCUGUAUAAAGGCAAUAUGCAGCUAGGUAUAACUGCAACGCUCUUAUUAAACUAUCCAUCACCGAGCUUCGUCUCGUUGCCUGUUAAAAUAACCAUAACCGGCUUGGAAAUUCAUACCUUGGCAGUAUUGGCUUAUGUGUCAAACCGAAUUCAUUUUUCCUUCAUCUGCGACAUUGAAGAUAAUGAUGAUACUGAAGAUACUAUGAGACUGUUAAGACAUGAAAAGAUAGAUAUAAUUCGAGAUAUUCAUAUCGAGUCCGAGAUAGGGGACCAGCACACAAAUGGCCCUGUACUACGCAACGUUGGAAAGGUCGAAAAGUUUCUUCUAGAACGAAUUCGUAGCAUGGCUCGAGAUGAGCUAGCUUGGCCUGGUUGGAUUACUUUUGAGUUCUGA